AUGGCAGACUAUUCAAGCGUGGCAGGCGAUGCAAGCGCCUCAGUUCCAGCCUCCGGCACCAAUACCGCGCCUGCAACUCAGCCAGACAGCAGCCCCUACACCUCCAACUCUGCCGAUUCCGCCUCUGCCGUACAGACCACCGUCACUCCCACGGGCACACCCGUGCCGUCGGGGACCGUAGCUGUUCCCAGCGCUGGUUACUCAUCAUCUGGCACCGAUGAGCUUCCAGCAAGUACCGCCUUGCCCUCAGACAAGUGCACGUGGGAUAAGGUACAAAUCCCCGACCCAGUCAUGCUAAACCCCGUAAAGUCGUACUCGUACCAGCCCGAGAGCAGCGUAGUUCAGGCACCAGGCAAAAUCGACAAGGACAUCAUCCAGAUGGUCCGUGGCCUGACGCUCGAGGAGAAGAUCGGCCAGAUGACCCAAAUCGAGGUUGGCCAGAUCAUUGACUGCAACGGGAAGCUCAACCGGACCGCAUCGCCCGGCAACCACGAUGGCAUCUACCAGUGGUACUCGGCUGAGAAGUUUGCCGAGCUCACUGACGCAGUCCAGGAGAUUGCUACCAAGAAGGGUGCCAAGAUCCCCGUCAUCUGGGGGCUCGACUCGGUGCGCGGCGCAAACUAUGUCAAGGGCGCAGUCAUUUUCCCGGCGGGAAUCGCCACUGCUGCGACAUUCAAUCCGCAGUUCGCCUAUGAUGCCGGCCGUGUCGCUGCCAAGGACACUCGCGCUGCUGGUGCCCACUGGGCGUUUGCGCCAGUAUUGGACAUUGGCGUCAACAAGUUCUGGUCGCGCACGUACGAGAACUUUGGCGAGGACCCCUUCCUGUCCUCGCAGAUGGCACUGAUCCGCUCGCGCGUUGCUGCCUGCAUGAAGCACUUUAUUGCAUACGGCAACCCGUUUGACGGCUCGGACCGUGCUGACCGCCACGUAGCCGACCACGAGCUGCUCGAGUACUACGUCCCGUCAUUCAAAGCGGCCAUCGAUGCUGGCUCAGCCACUGCCAUGGAGAGCUACGGUGCGGUCAGCGGCGAGACUGUGAUGCUGUCAAACUUUUACCUGCAGACCCUGCUUCGCGAGCACCUGGGCUUCAAGGGCUUCAUGGUCACUGACUGGGGAGAGAUCUUGUCGCAAGCGACGAUAUAUAUGACAGCACGCGAUCCCGAACAGGCUGUCGAGGGUGCUAUUUUGCGCACGUCGACCGAUAUGUCGAUGGUUGCUGAUGACGCGUCAUUCAGCAAUAUCACACUUGCGCUGUCGGUGGCCCGUAUUCUGCAGGCAAAGAAGGAUCUGGGCCUCUUCGAGAACCCGUACGCCGACAAGGAGCUGCAAAAGACUGUUGGCUCAGCACAGGACAUUGAAUCGGGCCGCGACACCGCACGCGAGUCAAUCACGCUGCUGAAAAACGAGAACAGCGUUCUGCCGCUCAAGACCUCUGAAAGCGUGCUGUUCCUGGGCCCGACCCUCAACUCGUCUCGCUACAUGGGCGGCGGCUGGAAUGAGGGCGACGCCGUGUACCAGGGCUUUGCGGAUACUGUGCUCACUGGGAUCAAGCAGGUGACGGGGUCAGAGCCUAGCUACAUGCCGGCCGUUGAUAUUGAUGGCACGACAAGGUACGACUGGGACGGCGUCAUCGCCGCCGCGAAGAAGGCCGACAAGGUUGUUAUUGGUUUAGGCGAACGCACGUACGCCGAAAACUUUGGCAACAUCGACGAGCUGACUCUGCCGCAGGCUCACAUUGACCUGGUUAGCAGCUCACUGUGCUGGUCCAAGGACGCCCCCGUCUCCUCGGCAGCAUCGCUAAUGACUCCAAAUGCCAUCGUCAACGCAUAUCUUCCGGGAUCGUAUGGCGGUCUUCCGAUUGCUGAGAUUCUGUACGGCAAGGUGAACCCAUCAGGCCGUCUACCGUACACAUACCCGGCCCAUUCAUCGCAGGCUAGCCACACCAUCUGGCAAGCGUCCUAUGUGCCGUACAAGCCGCAGUGGCAGUUCGGCUUCGGUCUUGGCUACUCGACCAUCAAGUACUCGAACGUCACGGUGUCGAGCACCACGCUCGAGAUCGGAUCCCCAAUCACUGUUUCGGUUUCCCUUACCAACACGGGCACGUACGAUCAAAAGGAACCCGUCGAGGUCAAGGCUGGCCAGACUAAGCAGGUUGAGCUGACGCUCAAGGCCGAGGACAUGGCGUUCUGGGACAGAUACCUGCGCAGACGCAUUGAGCCCUCGCCUGCCACAGUGCAGUUGGAGGCGGAUCCGCAGCAGGUGCUUGAGCGCCUCUAA